AUGUCCACAGACCCUAGCAGCAAGAAGCAGAAGCUUUCCCUUCUCGCGGAGAAGAGCCAGAAGAAUGCUCCUCCGGCUACCAUCGAUUUGCUCAUGCAACAGGAGGAGCUUUGGGUGAAUCAGAUCCUUCCCUGCCUUGGCAUGGGGCAGUUUGCGUUUGUGGGACUUGUCAGCAAGCAGAUGAAACAUCUCUAUGAGGAAUACUGCAAGACCGUGGAAGAUCCUCCUGCCGUCGUCGAGACAUUAGUCUAUUUUCCCAGCGACACGAGAACAAGACCAGCGACAAGCACCGACACAUUCUACGGUGCUACAUUCUGCAAUUUGGCGCUUGCUGAAUACUGGCACAACUAUCGAUACUCGAAGCGUUACAAGAUGCCGUGGAAUUCGGACGUCGGCGAAACAAUUGCAAAAUUGGGAGCAUUCCUCUCCUGA